UUAGGAGGAAAAGGAAAAGGGAUUCUUCAGCUUACCGUCUUGCUGUCUUCUUCAAACAGAACAACUCAGUAGUAUUGCCUGAAAAGAGCUCCGCCAUUCUAGAUCUCAUCUUUUCAACCACUCCAAGCCUCGGUUAUCAUGGAAGAAAUUCAAUUCAGUACUUUUCAUCACGACCUGGAAGCCCCAAUUUCGACUUCUUCGCUCUCUAGGGUUUAUGACUGGGAUCAGGAUCUACCAAAGAUCAACUCCCCGUUUGUCAAUGCCGGUUGCAGCCUUGAACACGAAGGUCCUUUACCGGAAAACGAUGAUGUAGUUUCAGUAGAUUCAGUGCUCUGUCUUUGGGGUUCUAGACUGGUUUCUUCGGGGUUUGUGCGGGCGAAUUGCGCAGAGGAUCUUGUGAUGUUUGUGAAUUGUGGCGGAGGCACUUUACGGGAAGCAGAUGCCACUAUGAGAUUCGAGCCUGAUAUCUCUUUCGAAGGAGGGGAUGUUUUAAGAACAGAUGAAAGCAUACUUGACGGUGGGGAUUAUCCGUCCAUUUACCAGUCAGCACGGUUUGGUAACUUCUGUUACCGGUUUGACAAUCUCCUCCCUGGAGAUUAUUUCGUUGAUCUUCAUUUUGUGGAGAUCAUAAACACAAAUGGACCUAAAGGGAUGAGGGUCUUUAAUGUCUUUCUUCAGGAAGAGAAGGUUCUAUCUGAACUCGAUAUUUACUCAAUUGUUGGAGCCAAAAAACCAUUGAUGUUGAUUGACGCCAGGGUCUCUGUUGGGGAGGAUGGGGUACUUGUAAUCAGGUUUGAAGAGGUCAAUGGAAGUCCUGUGGUUAGUGGGAUCUGCAUUAGACGAGUACCUAAGUUACCAGCUCCAGAGGUGAAAUCCGAGCAUCUCAUCUGUAAAAACUGUUCUACUGAGAUAGAAAUUUCUUCAGUUCCGAAUAAAGUCAUGCAAAUGAAAUCCACUAUCAAGUAUGAGAAGAAAAUUCAAGAGCUGACUACACAGUGUCAGCGCAAGACAGAUGAAUGCUAUGAGGCUUGGAUGUCCCUGACAGCAGCAAAUGAGCAGCUACAGAAGGUCAGGAUGGAACUUGAUGAUAAGACGUUCCAAACUCACUCUCUGGAUCAAGCUAUGGAGAAACAAGAAGCGAAGCUAAGGGAUAUUUCUAGUAGGUAUGAGCGAGAUAAAAAGUUCUGGGUUGCAGCAGUUAAUGAUUUAGAAGAAAAAAUAAAGGUUAUGAGACAAGAGCAUUCACAGCUCUCUCAUGAAGCACACGAGUGUGCUGAUUCAAUUCCUGAACUGAAUAAAAUGGUAUUUGCAGUUCAGGCCUUGGUCGCACAGUGUGAGGAUCUUAAAAUGAAAUACAGUGAAGAGCAGGCGAAGAGGAAAAAGCUCUAUAACCAAGUCCAGGAAGCAAAAGGGAAUAUAAGGGUCUUUUGUAGGUGUCGUCCAUUAAACAAGGAAGAGAUAUCCUCAGGAUGUGCUUCAGUGGUUGACUUUGAUGCAGCCAAGGAUGGAGAUCUUGGGAUACUGACAGGAGGCUCCACAAAGAAGACCUUCAAAUUUGACAGAGUAUACACCCCAAAGGAUGGUCAAGCUGAUGUGUUCGCAGAUGCUUCACCAUUGGUGAUUUCAGUUUUAGAUGGCUAUAAUGUUUGCAUUUUUGCAUAUGGACAGACAGGAACAGGAAAAACUUUCACAAUGGAGGGUACUGAGCAUAACCGAGGAGUCAACUAUCGCACUCUAGAGAAGUUGUUCAAAAUUGCCAAGGAAAGAAGUGAAACUUUCACAUAUAAUAUUUCUGUUAGUGUGCUUGAAGUCUACAAUGAGCAGAUAAGAGACCUGCUUGCUACAUCACCAUCACAGAAGAGAUUGGAGAUAAGACAAGCUUCAGAAGGGGUUCAUCAUAUUCCAGGACUAGUGGAAGCAAAAGUUGAGAACACUAAGGAGGUCUGGGACGUACUACAGGCUGGAAGCAAUGCUAGAGUUGUUGGAUCAAACAACAUAAAUGAGCAUAGCAGUAGAUCUCACUGCAUGCUAUGUAUAAUGGUAAAAGCAAAGAAUUUGAUAAAUGGAGAAUGUACCAAGAGCAAGCUUUGGCUCAUUGAUUUGGCGGGGAGUGAGAGGCUCGCAAAGACAGAGGUACAAGGUGAGCGGCUUAAGGAAGCUCAAAACAUCAACAGGUCACUUUCGGCUCUUGGAGAUGUCAUAAGUGCUCUUGCAAUGAAAAGCAGCCACAUUCCAUACAGGAACUCAAAGCUGACACAUCUUCUUCAAGAUUCACUAGGAGGUGAUUCCAAAACUUUGAUGUUUGUACAAAUCAGCCCUUCAGAACUUGACUUAGGUGAGACCCUGAGUUCCUUAAAUUUUGCAACUCGAGUUCGGGGAAUUGAGUUGGGCCCUGCAAAGAAGCAGGUUGACACAAGUGAGCUUCAAAAAAUGAAAAUGCUGCUUGACAAAGCAAGGCAGGAAUGCAAAUCCAGAGAUGAAUCCAUAAGGAAGUUAGAAGAGAACUUCCAAAGCUUAGAAAGUAAGGUCAAGGGCAAAGAUCAGAUUUCUAAAAACCAACAAGAAAAGGUAAAAGAACUUGAAGGCCAACUUGAACUGAAGACUGAAUUACAGAGCCAGUUGGAGAAGCAAAACUGGCAACUGGCAGAGAAACUGAAGGGGAAGGAAGAAAGUUGUCUGGUCCUUCAACAAAAGGUUAAGGAGCUUGAAAUCAAGCUGGAAGAGAGAGAAAGAGAUUACCUGGAAUCCAUGACUCUCCAACAGAAGGUCAAGGAGCUUGAAAACAAGCUCAAAGAGAGAGCACAACAGUCUGAGUCGGAGUCUUUUAUCCUUCAACAAAAGGUAAAGGAGCUUGAGAGCAAGCUGAGAGACAGAGAAAACAAUUCAGAGUCUUUAUUCCUUACUCAAAAGGUGAAGGAUCUAGAGGAGAAGCUGAGAUCACGGGAACAUGAAUCACAGUCCAUGCUACAUUCACCCAAGUCAAGAGAUAGCCCAGAUGAAGGAAAAUCCUGUUCAAGGGAAGAAUCUAUCAGUGAAAGUGAUUCCCAUAUUCUAAGGAGUUCCAAUUCAAUCCAUCGCCCCAUCAGUCAGGAAUCUAUUUUGCUAAGGGGGGCUGACUCCCUCCGUGAGCUAAGAAGGAAAAGAGAGGUCAGGAGUGUUGAGAUUGAGAACAAUUAUGUUGUACCCGUUCCUUCACUCGAGAAGAGGAUGCUUGCAACUGAGGCCAAGAAGGUUAGGCAAAUUAACCCCACUAAAGCAUUUGCAAGGAUUACAAAAACAACAAAGCCAGUUGUUACCCAGAAGCUCUUCACUCAGAACAGAAUCAACAGAGAUCAGGUUCAAGGAAUCAAGGAGAGGGAUAGGACAAGAGGUUGGUCAAGAUAGUAAAGCGGAAAACCAGUGUUCUUUUCCUCUGAAAUAGAUUGGCCAUUUUAUUAUUGAUGGCAAUCUCAAACUGUAUAUGGAAUAGAUGAAAAUCACUGAUUUGAAGGAUCAUGGAAUUCUUUGUAAUGAUAUUAUAUGCCCUUUCUAUUGAUAAAUAUACACUGUACUGUGAGUGCAUCUGAGGCUGCAAAUGAAUAGAUUGGCCAUUUUAUUAUU